ACAUUUUUUAUGAAAGAAAAUAUAACAAGACUGAUCUCUUUUAAUCAGCUGAAGAACAAAGAUUUUAUUAUUACGACUGAAAGUUUUGAAGAGAUUCUGAGGCAAAUCAAAGAAGAAAUGGCAAAAGUUUUGAAAUCAACAGAAAGUGCUGCAACUAAAGAGGAACAUGAUGAUCUGAAAAAGAAGCUAAUAGAUCUUGAAACUAAGGUGUCCAAAGUAAAUGACGAAAAUCUGGAGAAUGCAGAAUUGAAAAAGAAACUUGGAGUCUUGGAGACUCUUGUUUCAGAACAGAAAGAGGAGAUGACAAAAAUUAAGACAGAAACUUCCUCAGGUCAAAGUCAGGCAGAUAAUGAGCAAACCAAGUUAGGUGAGUAAAUAUUUGUUUUGAUGGUGUACAUACAAGUGUAUGAUAUUGCCAUUUAUAUAAAUAAAAACCAGCUGAAUGUCAUUGUUACUUUAUCAUUUUAGAAAUUAGAAUGAUAUAAUUAUAUACUCCGGAUCAUACAAUAUUAUUGUCCCCUACCGGUUUACCGGAGGGGACUUUAGGUUUACCCUCCGUCCAUCUGUCUGUCUGUCCGCACGUCUGUCUGUCCGUCCGUCUGUCUGUCAGUCCGUCCGUCCACAAAACUGGAUCCCGCGAUAACUUGAAAAGAACUAAAAAUAUUUUUAUGAAACUUGAUAUAUGGAUAGAUGGCAGUAUGGAGAUUAUGCACGUCUUUUUCUUUUCUUCCUAUGUUGAAAAUUCUGGUUGCUAUGGCAACAAAUAGGCUUAAAAUAUGGCAAAUUUCACACGUAAACUGGAUCCAGUGAUAACGCAAAAAGUACUGGAAAUAUUUUUAUGAAACUUGAAAUCUGGGUAGAUGGCAGUCUGGAGAUUAUGCACGUCUUUUUCUUUUCUUCCUAUGUUGAAAAUUCUGGUUGCUAUGGCAACAAAUAGACUGAAAAUAUGGCAAAUUUUACACAUAAACUGGAUCCUGUGUUAACGCAAAAAGUACUAGAAAUAUUUUUAUGAAACUUGUAAUAUGGGUAGAUGGCAGUCUGGAGAUUAUGCAUGUCUUUUUCUUUUCUUCCUAUGUUGAAAAUUCUGGUUGCUAUGGCAACACAUAGACUGAAAAUAUGGCAAAUUUUACACAUACACUGAAAAAGUACUGGAAAUAUUUUUAUGAAACUUGACAUAUGGGUAGAUGGCAGUCUUGAGAUUAUGCAUGUCUUAUCUGUUCUCCCUAUUUUGAAAAAAUAUUGGUUGCGUUGGCAACAAAUAGGCUUAAAA